AUGAAAUUGUCGUUGCAAUGGUUCUGCAUAGUGAUCUUUGCAAUUAUUUUGAGGAAAUCCAGUGCCGAAAUACCCGGCUGCGACUUUCAGGACACUGUUAAUAUCUCAAAUGCUGAAACGCAAAACGACGAAUACGUGUACGACGGUCUGCGAAUUUCCGCUGACCUUAUCGGGGAGUACACAUCUGUGCAGCUGAUCAAUGGAUCCACAGUUCCCGUACCGAGACAUCUAAGAGCCUGCAUCUGCCGGCUGAGGACCUGUGUUCGGUUCUGCUGUGUGAUGGAAAAUUCGACGGCCCCAGAUGAAUGUAGCGACGGGUUGACAGAGGAAAUUGCCCGCGAGAAGCCUUUUCUGAACCUGUACCAUAUGAAUGAAAAUAACAUGUCCGUAACGACUAAAAAGCAGUAUCUUCACUCCGACUUAACUGUUCUAAGGACCCAGACUUUGGGCUGCGAAGUGCAUGUUAUACCUCAAAAUGAGUUCAUGAUGUUUGCGGACGGAGACUUGCUCGUCGCCAUUCCCAAAAUGAGGCUCACAAAAUCCGAUUACUGCCUCUACCACAAGCAGUCCUUUGCCACUUUUCCAAUGUCCUUGCGGAUAGUCAUCAAUGAAUGCAAAACGAAUGAUUACGAGUACGAAGUGGAAGAUAGUCUAGUAAUCAGCAAUACUGCCGAAAUGCAUGAUAUCCCAGAGAGUAAGACAACUUACUCUUACUCAACUUCAGUUUUUCCUCCAGUCCUCAAGAUCAUAUCGAUUGUUCUCCUGAUCCUCACAUUGGCAGUGUAUGUUUCCGUUAAGAAACUAAGAAAUUUGGUCGGCAAGUGCCUUUUCUCCAGCCUGUUAUGCCUGUCGAUAGUGAGCCUCAUCGGUGUAUUGGAAGAUUUUAAAGUGUUGGGCAGCAUUUCCUCUCUAACAGAUUACAGUUUGUUCUUCUUCACGAUGUCUUAUAAUAUGUGGGAAUCUGUGAUAAGCUUUUGUUUGUGGAGAAAUUUGAGAUCUAACAUUUCCGAGGAAUCUCAAUACGGCUUUAAGUUCUUCACCGCCCUUGUUUGGAGCGCAGUAGCCAUCCUGACUGGAGCCAUUUUUUUGAUGGACGAAGCUAGCGGUUGGAGUUGGAUGUCCUUGGCUGGCUUUCUUGAAUGUUCUAUGACGAUUUCGAAACGCUGUUUAUACUAUCAAGUACCAAUACUGAUCCUAAGCACCUUCAACCUAGUCAUGAUUAUCCUGACCGCCAACUACCUUUUGAAAGCGAGGAACCAAGGAAAGGAUGUAGUCGAAGAGGAGGAAGCGUUGAGCCAUCCCAUUUUCGACAGUCAAAACUACAAGGUUUUCUUUCCGCUUUCUACCUUGAUGUGCAUAUCCUGGAUUUUGAGUUUAUUAUCGGUGUUGCGGCAAGUUUCGGAGCCUGUGCAACAUGUGUAUUUUGUUAUGGACUACUUUGAGUCCAUUCUUGGCAUGAUCACAUUUGGCCUGCUUAUUCUGAGGCGUAGCACUCUCAGCCACCUUUUAAACAGCCCUGGUAUCGGCAGCGGCGAUAACGAUAUGUUGCGAUAUUAA